AUGUCGCUCGGGCCUCAGCCUCUCUUCUCUCCGCGGCUCGGCGGUGACACGAGACGCCACCGCACCGCCAGCCCGUGUGUGCGCCUACCCCACCUACAAGUCCGUUCGUCCCCCGCCAUCCCUCCCAGAACCGAGAGUCUUCCUUCUACCAUAACCGGGCACGUGAUGUCUGAGUCUGAGGCCACAGUUGCACUCUCCAUGCCCCAACCUUCCGCACCUUUGAACACCGCCCCUUCCGCACCCUCCCAGACCGCCGGCCCAUUCAAGACCGGUCCGUCCAAGCCCGAACCCUCAAAGUCCAAGUACGUUCGCCUAUAUGACGCGAGCACAUUCCAGGAGGCGUUCGGCAAAGGCAACUCGAAUUUGGGGAGCGGCGGCAAAGAUAAGCCUACUCUCCUGGGUGGCGUCCGGCCGCCGAAGUGCAUUCCGGCUAUCUCCGCGUCGAUCACUCUCGGCCUCACCCUCGAUCCCCGCCUCCGUGCCGCCAUGAGCAAGCUGCCAGACCGCGCCACUCGGAUGCGAGACAUGCAGGUCAGGAUCCGUUCCUUCCGCAAGACCGGGAAGAAACGCGCUUUGGCCGGAUGGAAACGCGCUGCUCGCCUAAGUGGCAAGAUGCUCAAGAUGCAGUAUCGCCUCCGUCAUCUGAAUAAAGAGUUGCGGGGAUAUGCGGCUGCCGAGGGAAUCACCCUCGAGUGGGGAGGUGCCCCCUCACCCGUUAAGGUUGUCAAGGCCCUCCCCUCAGCUGAGGUUCGCCUGAAGCUUCAGCUUGCCGUCGAAAAGGCGCGCGCGGACGCCGCCGACAGUGCCCUCCGUAUCCUCCUCCCAGCCAUCGAGGACGCCGGGGUGGUCAUUCCCAAAGCGUUCACGUCCACGUUCUAA